GCGGAAACUAAACACCGAAUUUCAUCCAAUUAAGAACUUCUAUAAACAUUCGAAUAGUUUUAAACGAAACCCGGGAGUGUACUGAACCAGGGAAAUCUGCUUGUCAAUACAAAACUUUCAUCAAAACUUAAUAAAAAGUCGUUUAGCAUGCCAGAACAAGCCACAGAACAGGAAACAGUAGCUGUGCCACAGCAGAAGGUAGUGCCUGAAUAUGAUCCCAAGAUUCUGCCGGACAUGCUGCCCGUUUACUACAGGCGUUUAUUUCCGCAUCAGCCCUUCUACCGCUGGCUCUCCUACGGACUAUAUGAGGAUGGCGUCUUUUGCAACCGCGAGAUAUCCUUCACCUUGCACGAUGACAUCUACAUUCGCUACCUCUGCUUUGACACACAGGCGGAGCUGGAGAAGGAGAUUUGCUCGCGUAAUCCGUUCAAAAUCGACAUUGGACCCGUGAUGCACACCAGGCCCAAGAACUUUCGCAUUGUCCCCGGCGGUCUGUCCCCGGUGCAACGUGAACUGGUCUUCGAUAUUGAUAUGACGGACUAUGACGAGGUGCGAACCUGUUGCUCGGGUGCCGAAGUGUGCCUCAAGUGCUGGAAAUUCAUGGUACUAGCUGCACGUGUCUUGGAUCCCGCAUUGCGCGAGGACUUUGGCUUCGAGCACAUACUCUGGGUGUUCUCCGGGCGUCGUGGCAUCCAUUGCUGGGUGUGUGACCAUCAGGCGCGUCACUUGGAUGGCCGCGGACGCUAUGCCGUGGCCGAGUACUUGAAUAUUAUAAGCUACAUCAACUUUAUGGGCAGCAACUCGCCGCGAUGUCAGAUGGGAGAACGUCCACAUCACAGCUUGAGGCGUGCCUCGAAAAUCAUCGAACCCAUGUUCGAAGAGAUCAUACUGGAAGAUCAGAAUCUCUUUGGCACGCCCAAGGGUGUCAAUAAGCUGCUGCACAUGAUCCACGAUGACGGAGCACGCACAGAGUUCGAGGGCUAUCUGCAGAAGAGCCACGAAGAUGGUGCUCAUUCCAGAUUGAUUUGGGAGAGCUUCGUUAAGUAUUCCAAUUCUAUGCGCACAUCGGCGGCCAAUGUGUGGAGUCGCAAGCUGAAAAACAUUGUCCAGGAGGUGCAGCUGUGCCUGCUCUAUCCCCGUCUGGACAUCAACGUGACCAGGGGAUUCAAUCACUUGCUCAAAUCUCCAUUCUGCAUACAUCCAGCCACGGGCAAGGUCUGUGUGCCAUUCAGCGUCAACGCUGUUGCCAAAUUCGAUCCCACCACGGUGCCCACCAUCACGCAGCUGCUGCACGAAAUCAAUGCUUUUGAUGACAAGACCAAGAGCUACAUGGAGGCCGCCGAGGACAAGAGUCGCAUUAAGGAUCACAAGAAGACGAGCAUGUUCAAGGGCGUCGUCGUGUUUGAGGAGUUCCUGCGCAAGCUGGAACGCAGCAACAAGGAACGCACCAACGCCUUGCAGUUCUAAAGAGAUAGAUCGGAAGGAAUUGCGGCUUUUGAUGUUACUUUUAUUUAUGUAUUAUUAUGAUUAGGCUACCAACAAUAAAUAGACUAAACGAUUGCCCGUGAGCUCA